UUUGCUAUUGUAAAUUAGGAGCUUUAUUUAACCACUUUGGUUGCUAAGGCGUCAGUGAAUUGAAAAAAUAAAAUUAAUGUAACAAUUGCAAGUUAUGGUACGUGUAAAGUAAGGGUAUCCGGGUCCACCAUUUCAAAUUUCCUAACGUAUUUGACAGUUAGUCUCAUCUUCGCGCCUCUGUCUUUUAAAUAAAAUUCAAACUGACCAUUCACGAAGCUUUUUCGGAUCAUCCCGCUCAUUUAUAAACUCGAAAGCAGAUUCGAGAUGACCACGUUUAAUUGACAUCAGCGUAUCCAAUAGAUGGUUCGGGUUUUAAAAUUGACAGCAGGAUAAUUUAAUAGAAUAAUGGCGAGUGUUUCAUUAUCCAAUAAGCGUUGACAGUGAGCGGGUACAGACUGGCGCGAGUGCUAUAAAUAGGCGUGUAACGACGGUUGGAGCAGUUAGUUAGUUUAGAGCACAGAAGACAGAAGAAAAUCUUAAAAUUUCAAAAUUAUCAAUAAUAUUUGCAUCACUGUUCUAGAAACAUGCGUGAGUGCAUCUCCAUACACGUUGGCCAGGCUGGGGUCCAGAUUGGCAAUGCCUGCUGGGAGCUGUAUUGCCUGGAGCACGGGAUCCAGCCGGAUGGACAGAUGCCCAGCGACAAGACCAUCGGAGGUGGAGACGACUCCUUCAACACCUUCUUCAGCGAGACUGGAGCCGGCAAGCAUGUCCCCAGAGCUGUGUUUGUGGACCUGGAGCCCACUGUAGUUGACGAGGUGCGCACAGGGACAUACCGACAGCUCUUCCACCCGGAGCAGCUCAUCACUGGCAAGGAGGACGCUGCCAACAACUACGCCCGCGGGCACUACACCAUCGGCAAGGAGAUUGUGGACCUGGUGCUCGACCGCAUCCGCAAACUGUCUGACCAGUGCACAGGACUGCAGGGCUUCCUGAUCUUCCACAGCUUUGGCGGUGGGACCGGCUCUGGCUUUGCCUCCCUGCUCAUGGAAAGGCUCUCUGUCGACUACGGCAAGAAGUCCAAGCUGGAGUUUGCCAUCUACCCAGCUCCACAGGUUUCCACAGCAGUGGUGGAGCCUUACAACUCCAUCCUGACCACUCACACCACCCUGGAGCACUCGGACUGCGCCUUCAUGGUGGACAAUGAGGCCAUCUACGACAUCUGCAGACGCAACCUGGAUAUCGAGCGUCCGACCUACACCAACCUGAACCGGCUCAUUGGGCAGAUUGUCUCCUCCAUCACAGCCUCCCUGCGCUUCGAUGGGGCCCUGAACGUGGAUCUCACAGAGUUCCAGACCAACCUGGUGCCCUACCCCCGCAUCCAUUUCCCCCUGGUCACCUACGCUCCUGUCAUCUCCGCGGAGAAGGCCUACCACGAGCAGCUGUCCGUAGCUGAGAUCACCAACGCCUGCUUCGAGCCAGCCAACCAGAUGGUGAAGUGUGACCCGCGCCACGGCAAGUACAUGGCCUGCUGCAUGCUGUACCGUGGCGACGUGGUGCCCAAAGACGUCAACGCAGCCAUUGCCACCAUCAAAACCAAGAGGACCAUCCAGUUUGUUGACUGGUGCCCCACUGGCUUCAAGGUUGGCAUUAACUACCAGCCGCCCACAGUGGUACCAGGGGGUGAUCUUGCCAAGGUGCAGCGCGCAGUGUGCAUGCUGAGCAACACCACCGCGAUCGCCGAGGCCUGGGCCCGCCUGGACCACAAGUUCGAUCUGAUGUACGCCAAGCGAGCCUUCGUGCACUGGUACGUGGGAGAAGGGAUGGAGGAGGGAGAGUUCUCUGAGGCCCGGGAGGAUCUGGCAGCUCUGGAGAAGGAUUAUGAAGAGGUGGGAGUUGACUCUGUGGAGGGAGAAGCUGAGGAGGGAGAGGAGUACUGAGAGAGGGAGUAGUUCACUAAACAAACCGUCCUCGUACUGUAUUGGAGAGCCUUUUGCUGUUUCUGAUGUUCAUGUUCCAAAUAAAAGCGUUCUAAUUUUA